ACAUUCCGUGUCAAAUUAGCUACCUGUCUAAACUCAUUUAUCUUGAUUUUUCCGUUAACCUAUUGUUGGGAAAAAUCCCACCUGAAAUUGGGCUUCUAACAAAUCUAAACUGCCUCUAUUUUGGUGAAAACCAGUUAAAUGGAUUUAUUCCUGAAGAAAUAGGUCACCUAAGUUCUCUAACCGAGCUUGAUCUUUCCGAAAAUCAUUUAGAAGGUCACAUCCUAGCUUCUUUAGGAAAUUUGAGACAUCUUACCAUUCUAUUUCUUUGGAAAAAUAGACUUUCUGGCUCCAUUCCUGAAGAAAUAGGCCGCCUAAGUUCUCUAACCAGGCUUGAUCUUUCCGAAAAUUGUUUAGAAGGUCACAUCCCAAUUUCUUUACGAAAUUUGAGACAUCUGACCCUUUUGUGUAUUUGGGAAAAUAAACUUUCUGGCUCCAUUCCUGAAGAAAUAGGCCACCUAAAUUCUCUAACAGUUCUUAGCCUUGCCGAAAACCAUCUUCAAGGUCCUAUUCCACAUUCGUUUGCUAAUUUGAGUAAUUUACAAAAAUUUUUUGUUCGUAAUAAUUGACUUUCUGGUCCCAUUCCACAAGGAAUCGGAGGUUCCAAGAACAUGGUAAGUUUGUACCUUAACGGAAAUCAAUUUACUGGCUCCUUGCCAGAAAGUAUUUGUCAUGGUGGUUUACUUUAGAAUUUUUCAAUAUUCAACAAUGGUUUCAGAGGUCAAGUUCCGCAAAGCCUAAAAAAUUGCACGAGCUUAAAGAGAGUCUUCUUGAAUGGAAACCAACUCACUGGAGAUAUAUCUCAAGUCUUUGGUGCCUAUCCAAACCUGACCAUCAUAGAUCUAAGCCACAAUAACUUUUAUGGAAAGAUCUCAAGUAAUUGGGGGCAAUGUCUAAAACUAGAGACUCUGAAAAUGAGUGGGAACAACAGCAGUGGUAGCAUACCACUUGAGAUUGGAAACUGGUUUCAACUAAAUUUGCUUGAUCUUUCUUUAAAUCAUAUAGUUGGGCAAAUUCCAAAGGAACUCAGAAAGUUGACUUCUCUAGAGAAGUUGUGGUUGAAUGGAAAUCAUAUCUUUGGUGCUAUACCUGUCGAAUUCGAGUCAUUGACCAAUCUCGAAUUUCUAGACAUAUCCUCGAACCAAUUGUGCAAGUCACUACCACGUAAUUUUGGGAACAACUUCUCAAAAUUAUACCACUUGAAUUUAAGCCAUAACAAUUUCAGUGAAGAACUUCCUAUCUCACUUAUAGCUUAUUGCAUAUCUCCAAACUAGAUUUAAGCUAUAACUCUUUAACUGGAGAGAUACCAUCAGAAAGUAGCAAAAUGCAAAGCUUGGAGGUGCUCAAUCUCUCUCACAAUCAUCUUUCUGGGGUUAUUCCGACUACCUUUGAAGAAAUGCGUGGUUUGUCGUAUGUAGAUGUAUCCUACAAUGAGUUACGUGGCCUCAUUCCCAACAGCAAAGCAUUUUUAGAUGCUCCCUUGGAAGCCUUGCAAGGUAAUAAGGGAUUGUGCAGUAACGUUAAAGGGUUGCCCCCUUGCAAACAUUUAUCAAAAAAAGGCCACAAAGCUGUGUUCAUAAUCAUUUCUCCUGUUUUGGGAUCACUUUUGGGUUUAUUUGUUUUCUUCUUAGUUCUUCUAAUUUUGCAAAGAAGAAAGAAAGAUCGAUAUCCCCAAUUAGAACAAAGCGACAAGCAUGAAGGAGGAUCUCUUUUUGUGUCAAGCACUUUCGAUGGUAGAAAAAUGUAUGAAGAGAUCAUGAGAGCAACUGAAGCGUUCAAUGACAUAUAUUGCAUUGGGGAAGGAUCAUCUGGAAGAACAUACAAAGCAAAAUUAUCAUCGCGUGAUAUGGUAGCUGUGAAGAAACUCCACCAAUUACUUGACGAUGAGAAAAGAUCCCAAAAUGCAUUCUUAAAUGAGAUAAAGGCAUUAACAGAAGUACGACAUCGAAAUAUCAUUAAACUUCAUGGCUUCUGUUCGCAUGCUCGACAUUCAUUUUUGGUUCAUGAAUAUUUGGAAAUGGGUAGUUUGACGAGAAUCUUGAAGAAUGAAGAAGAAGCUAAAGAAUUGGAGUGGAGUAAGAGGUUGAAUAUUGUCAAAGGUGUGGCGUAUGCCUUGUCUUACAUGCAUCAUGAUUGCUCACCACCAAUAAUUCAUCGAGAUAUCAAAAGUAACAUCUUGUUGGAUUCUCAGUACGAGGCCCAUGUUUCAGAUUUUGGCACUGCUAAAAUUCUAGAGCUAGAUUCAUCUAAUUGGACUUCCCUUGCAGGCACAUUCGGUUAUAUAGCACCAGAACUUGCUUAUACAAUGAAGAUAACCGAAAAGUGUGAUGUAUAUAGCUUUGGCAUGUUGGCAUUAGAAGUGAUAAUGGGAAAGUAUCCGGGUGAUUUCAUCUCCUCAGUUGAGUCAUCUGAUCCAUCAAUUGAGAUGGGUAUUCAACUGAAAGAUGUGUUGGACCAACGCCUUCCACUUCCAACACCCCAAGUUGAGGCUGAGCUCAUAAGGGUUGCAGAGAUUGCUACUGAAUGCUUAAAUCACCUUCCAGAAUCUAGGCCGACUAUGCUCAUGAUUUCUAAAAUAUUAGCAGCGGCCCAAGCCCCAAUCUGUAGUCUCCAGCUAGAGCCAUCUUUUUGAAUGAAGUUGCACCAAGAAAGUCUUGUUUAAGAAGACUUGCUAAUUAUAUUUAGUGUGUUGGUUCAAUAUUUUCUUUUUUUAAUAGCAUCUUUUUUGGGAGUGUUGAUUUUCCU